UUGACAUACUUCCUGUGUUAUAUACGGAUUCAAGGUAUAAACAGAUGUAUGGUAUGUAGGAGUUUGUGCUUCCUAGCUGUGCAGAUAAGAGUUCCAUUGGUCUGUGUUGACUCUUCUGACUUUAACAAUGGCUACAAGUGUGAGUUCAGAACUGGACUCACACUUGUUGGAGUGUCCAAUAUGCCUUGAGCAACUUCAACUGCCAAAGUCCUUACCGUGCCUACACUCCUUCUGUCAGGAUUGUCUCGGGACAUAUAUUACAAAGGAACUGUCCGGGAAGAUGAUGUCGACAACAUCCUUCCCUUGUCCGAUCUGUAGGAUGACGACCUCUCCUGUUCAGCUUGCAGAAUCAAGGGCUAAAUGGGCAGAGCAAUUCCCGACUAAUAGUUUGAUCCAGGAUCUUAUCCAGCUUAAGGAACGUUCGUCUGAACCAUUGUACUGCAAACCCUGCCAGACAAAAGGUAACCUGAACAACCCGGCCAGUUAUUGGUGCAAGACGAUGAACGAGAACUUUUGCAACAUUUGUAAGUUAGAACUUCAUGAUAUCAUACACACUGAAUGUGAUAUACUGGAUGUCACCGGAAACCAUAGCAAACGACUAAAUAGGGAAACGUCUGCCCCUCGGUGUUAUCAACACGGCGAGAAAAUGGUUCGGUAUUGUGAGGAUCACCAACGUCUGUGCUGCAACGAAUGUGUGAUCGAAGACCAUAGGAGUUGUGGAAAAGUACCAAAGAUGAAGGAAUAUUGCCAUAAGGUAAAAGCAGGAUCGCAACUAGAAGACAUGCAGGCGGCGUUGAAGAAAGGAAAUGAUCGUUUGAACUCCUGAGUGAAGGACUUUGAUGAUCAACU